ACGACCGGUUUCUCUGAAAUUAAUUUAAUUAAAAAGGUAUAAAUAAAUUAAUCAGUUAUAGAAACCGAUUUCGAAUUCGAAUCAGAUUCGCUCUCUCUCUCUCUCUCUCUCUCUCGAUCGGUCUUCCACAGGUUCCCCAUCGUCAAUAAAAAAGAAAAAAGCAGAGCAUAGAGAUGGAGGGAACAGUCUUCACUCCUGCUUUGGAAGGAAUGAAGCAUGUGAAGUCCGAGCAAGGGGAAAUCCUGGCCCAGCCUUUCCUGGAAGUGUGCAAGCAGAUACUGCCUGUUAUAGAAAAGUUUGGAGCUGCUAUGGCCCUUGUCAAAAGUGAUAUUGGUGGAAACGUCUCGAGACUGGAGUCUAAAUAUUCUUCAAAUCCAUCUGAAUUCAACCACCUAUAUAGCAUGGUUAGAACAGAGGUUGCAUCUAAAACAGCGAAGGGAUCAUCCAGUUGCACCAAUGGUCUUCUUUGGUUGACCAGAGCGAUGGAUUUCUUGGUGGAAUUGUUUCGCAACUUACUUGAGCAUAAGGAUUGGACAAUGUCACAGGCCUGUUCAGAUUCCUAUGGAAAGACCCUGAAAAAAUGGCAUGGCUGGCUUGCUAGUUCAAGUUUCACUGUUGCCAUGAAGCUUGCUCCAGAUAGAAAGAAGUUCAUGGAGGUGAUAGGCAGCGGUGAUAUCUAUGGUGACAUAGAAAAAUUUUGCACCAACUUUUAUCCUUUUCUUGAAGAGAAUCACAAGUUUCUGGCUAGCGUUGGCAUGGAUGAUCUGAAGGCUUCAUGAGGAAACAAGGUCUCCUGAUGAGUGGCUCUUGCUUCAAGUGAUGGUGUUUUUGUACACCUUUUUUAUUAUUAUUAUUUUAUUAUUUUUAUUUAACCUUUCAGUUUUGACUAUUGAAUAAUUUGUAUUUGGUUCUAAAGUUUGAAACCUUAUAUAAGUCAACUUCCAGCUCCUUUGAAUCUUAUUUUAAUUUGCCCUGAAUCAUUUCAAGUCUU